CGUGGCCAUUAAAGGAGGAGGAAACAGGGAAUUCGCUGAAGUGGCAAAUUAUUUUUCAAGACCGGAUGUCUCUGACUUUGACGACGAAGUUAAAAAUGAUGAAAUCAACGGAAGCAUUUCUUCUUCUUUAAAUCAAGCAAGGAAUGGAAUCUGGAAAUGUACAACUUGCCAAAAAUCAUUUUCGGCUCGAAAUAACAUGUUGAGGCAUGAGAGGCUACACUCCGAGAAUGCAAAAGAUAUUAAAUGUGGCCAUUGCGGAAAGGGAUUUGCUCGUCGGUAUGCUGCCAAGCACCAUGAAACAAAGUGCCUGAAAAGACCGUCAACUUCAGAAGCAAACUCCCAUAUACAAGCAUCUCUACCCCCAGCCAAGAAAUUAAAGAAAACUUUUCCUGAUUGUGAGGAAGCUCUUAACUCCUUCAAACAAUAUAUCAUUUUACCCGAGGAUGGAUCCGAUGAAGAUCUCACCGUUUUUCUUUCAACUGUUCAAGAUAGUGUACGCGAACGGUUACGGGAAUAUUUAACACUUAAUAGAGGUAUUAAAUGGUACUACGUUGUUAGUGCGAAAUUCAUAAGGUUUGUAACCGAACAAGAAAUAGAAACAACUACAGCCCAUUUUAGAAGUGCGUGUAUGUUAAAUCUGGAUGAGCAACUUUGA